CUCAUCCUCGGUCUUCACCGGUCAACGUGUGUCCCCCAGUCUAGUGACUUUUGGUAUCCACCUGCUUGUUGAUAUCCGUCAAAAUGUCCCGCUGCCUCGGCCUGGCUCGCCUCAUCCUCGCUUCUUCCCACAGGACCAAUUUACGGUUAACGUCUUGUGCGCGUGGACUGAGCACGCUAAAUGUCUCGCGAGAUCUCCAGGUUGGACAGCAGCAGAGGUGGAGCAGCCGGCCCGCUGUGUGGAGGUCUCAGUGGUCCUCUCUGGGCCUCAAACAGCAGUCCUUCUACAGCACUCAGGAAGUGGAGAAAGAGCCAGAAGAAGAACCUCUACACACCAUCAUCACCGAUACGGAAUCUGUACAAGGUAGUUGCUCUAAACAUGAGUUUCAGGCUGAAACAAAGAAACUUCUGGACAUUGUUGCCAGAUCUUUGUACUCAGAGAAGGAGGUUUUCAUCAGGGAGUUGAUCUCUAACGGGAGCGACGCCUUGGAAAAGCUGCGACACAAAAUGAUCACAGCUGGCGGGGAAACGGCUCCGAUGGAAAUCCACCUGCAGACUGAUGGAGUUAAAGGAACCUUUACCAUUCAGGACACAGGAAUUGGCAUGAGCAAAGAGGAUCUGGUGGCCAAUCUGGGUACUAUCGCCCGCUCUGGAUCCAAGGCGUUUUUAGAUGCCCUGCAGAACCAGGCAGAGGCCAGCAGCACCAUCAUCGGUCAGUUUGGUGUCGGCUUCUACUCCGCCUUCAUGGUGGCUGACCGCGUGGACGUCUUCUCCCGCUCUGCAGAGCCGGACGCUCCCGGAUACAAGUGGUCCUCCGAUGGCUCUGGACUGUUUGAGGUCGCUGAAGCCAGCGGCGUUCAACAGGGAACUAAAAUUGUGCUGCACCUCAAAGACGACUGUAAGAAGUUUUCCUCUGAGGACAGAGUUAAAGACGUUGUGACAAAAUACAGCAACUUCGUCAGUUUCCCCAUCUUCCUGAACGGACGGAGGCUCAACACUCUGCAGGCCUUGUGGAUGAUGGAGCCUAAAGAAAUCAGCGACUGGCAGCACGAGGAGUUCUACCGCUACAUUGCUCAGGCCUACGAUAAGCCGCGCUACACGCUGCACUACCGCGCCGACGCGCCGCUCAACAUCCGCAGCAUCUUUUACGUCCCUGACGCGAAACCCAGCAUGUUUGACGUGAGCAGAGAGAUGGGCUCCAGCGUGGCUCUGUACAGCAGGAAGGUCCUGAUCCAGACCAAAGCCGCCGACAUCCUGCCCAAGUGGCUGCGCUUCCUUCGAGGUGUGGUGGACAGCGAAGACAUCCCUCUGAACCUGAGCAGAGAACUGCUGCAGGAGAGCGCCCUCAUCAGAAAGCUUCGAAAUGUCCUGCAGCAGCGAGUGAUCCGCUUCCUGCUGGACCAAAGCAAGAAGGACCCGGAGAAGUACAACAAGUUCUUUGAGGACUACGGGCUCUUCAUGCGCGAGGGCAUCGUCACGACCCAGGAACAGGACGUAAAGGAAGACAUCGCCAAGCUGCUGAGGUUCGAGUCGUCUGCUUUGCCGGCCGGCCAGCAGACCAACCUGAUGGAGUACGGAUCCCGCAUGAAGGCCGGCACGCGCAACAUCUACUACCUGUGUUCCCCCAACAGACACCUGGCCGAGCACUCGCCGUAUUUUGAGGCCAUGAAGAAGAAAGAAAUGGAGGUCCUGUUCUGCUAUGAGCAGUUCGACGAGCUGACCCUGCUUCACCUCAGGGAGUUUGACAAGAAGAAGCUGAUCUCGGUGGAGACGGACAUCGUGGUGGAUCACUACAAGGAAGAGAAGUUUGAGGACAGCAAACCAGCAUCUGAGCGGCUGACCCAGGAGCAGGCGGACGACCUGAUGGCCUGGAUGAAGAACACUCUGGGUCCCCGGGUCACAAACAUAAAGCUGACUCCUCGUCUCGACACUCAUCCCGCCAUGAUCACGGUGCUGGAAAUGGGCGCGGCCCGCCACUUCCUCCGAACCCAGCAGCUCGCGCGCACUGCUGAGGAGAGGGCCCAGAUUCUGCAGCCCACCCUGGAGAUCAACGCCGGACACGAUCUGAUCAAGAAGUUGCACUCACUGAAGGACACAAACUCUGAACUGGCUGGUUUGCUGCUGGAACAGAUCUACGACAACGCCAUGAUUGCAGCUGGCCUGAAUGACGACCCCCGGCCCAUGAUCUCACGGCUCAAUGAGCUCCUGGCCAGAGCUCUGGAGAAACACUGACGACUCGCCUCGCUCCAGAUGCCGACUGAAGCAUUCGCAGCACCCAGACAGGCUGACCGAGGACAGUUCAGGAGAUCAAUACAGACUACUGUGGAGGAAUUUGUUGCUGCACAAAUCACUGAAAACAAAGCUUCUCUGUCUGGUUGUGGUGUUGGAGAAGUUUCAUCCAUUUUGAGACGGUUUAUUUUUGAUGGGACUCGCAUUCCGUUCAUGUCUGGUGUGUGAAAGU